CUUCUAAUCAGCCAAGCAAAUAUUGGAUGGCAAAUUAGGGCUUGAACGGUUUUCAAUUUCAUCGGCUUCAACGUUUCAGCGGAUCUAACCCGUUUCGGCACAUUGGACCGUUCUUCAUUGUUGCCAAAGGUUAAAGCUUUUCGCAAUGGGAACAAAUGGAGAACCGGAACACAAUCUGAUGAUUGGAGAGAACGAUGUCCAUCUUAUGCAAAUUGAUCCAAGAAGAAGCCGGUUUCCAUGCUGCAUUGUAUGGACACCACUUCCUGUUUUAUCUUGGUUUCUUCCUUGUAUUGGCCACAUUGGGAUAUGUAGGGAGGACGGAGUUAUAUUGGAUUUUGCUGGGCCGAAUUUUGUAUGUGUUGACAAUUUUUCGUUUGGAGCACCGACCCGCUUUGUUCAAAUAAGUAAAGAGAAGUGCUUCACUAUUGCAAAUUCUGCUGUACAUGAUAGCAAUGAUGAAAUUGAACGAAUUGACCUUGGAAGAGAUAUUGUAACAUGGGAUGAUGCAUUACGUAAAAGCACACAGGAAUACCAACACCAUUCCUACAACAUUUUCACUUGCAACUGCCAUUCAUUCGUAGCCAAUGGUUUGAACAGGUUGAAGUUUCAGGCUGGUGGGUGGAAUGUGGUAAACUUGGCCGUUUUUAUUUUUCUCAAGGGACAAUGGGUUAGUAAAGCAGCUAUUGUGCGAACUUAUUUACCAUUUAUAAUAGUACUUGCCUUAGGACUCACUUUUGGAGGAUGGAUGUUCCUUACUUACUUGGCAACCUUCUUAUUUGUGCUCGUUGGCUGGUUUUUCCUUGGUAGCUACUGUUUCAAAAAGUUUAUCAACCUGUAAGCUGUGUAAAAUUGUUCUGUAAAUGAUGCUUUAAUUCGAGAAUAUUGUACCAGUGAAUAUACUUCAAACAUUUAAUGAUUUCCCAUUUAUAUGUGCUUCUUAGAGGAGUCAAUGUGACUGGUGCCUAAUUGUGACCUUACUUGUAUGUGUUUUAAAGAUGCUUUGAUUUAAUCUGUGACCAUUUCAA